AUGAGCAAACAAAAAUAUUGGAUUUUGUGUAAAAACGCAGUAAUGCAUGCACUUUUCCAUGUAAUAAACUUUCAUUUUUAUCAUUUUAAAAAGGCUAUUAUGGAUUUCAAAGACACGAUGGACAAUGCAACAAUGCAAUCUUCAUGCAACCUGGCCAGUCCGGUUUAUAAUCAGUCCAACUGCACCGUGUCUCCACCUUGGAUGUUCCACCCAGAUCUCUACAUCUGGCUACCCGUGAUUUACUCAAUCAUCUGCGCCGUGGGACUCACGGGCAACAGCGCCGUCAUUUACGUGAUCCUGAAGGCGCCUAAGAUGAAAACAGUCACCAAUUUAUUCAUUCUGAAUUUGGCCAUCGCCGACGACCUUUUCACACUAGUGCUGCCCAUCAACAUCGCCGAGCACCUGUUAAACUACUGGCCGUUUGGGGAGAUUUUAUGCAAAGUGAUUUUGUCCAUAGACCACUACAACAUCUUCUCCAGCAUCUUCUUCUUGACCGUGAUGAGUGUGGACCGGUAUCUGGUCGUGGUGUCCACUCUAGGAUCCAAACGGAUGCCCUACCGGACCUACCGGUUGGCCAAGACGGUCAGUCUGAGUGUUUGGGCUCUGGUCAUUCUCGUAGUGAUGCCCUUCACCGUUUUCGCCAGUGUUUACGUGAGUCCCGAUGACGCGGAGAGCCGAAAGAGCUGCGUUUUGAGUUUCCCGAGUCCGGAGAGUUUCUGGUUCAAAGCCAGCCGGAUUUACACGCUGGUCCUCGGGUUUGUCAUCCCCGUCUCCACCAUCUGCAUCCUCUACACCGUGAUGCUCUUCAGACUGAGACGGACGCGCCUCAGCUCAAACGGAAAGGCUCUGGACAAAGCCAAAAAGCGAGUCACUGUGAUGGUCUUCAUCGUGCUCGCCGUUUGCUUGUUCUGCUGGACUCCUUUUCAUCUGAGCACGGUGGUCGCCCUCACUUCAGACUUGCCCACCACCCCGCUGGUUAUAGGUAUCUCUUAUUUUAUCACGGGACUGAGUUACGCCAACUCGUGUCUCAAUCCGUUUCUUUACGCGUUCUUAGACGACAGUUUCAGGAGGGCGUUUAAAAAACUGUUGGAGUGCUGA